AUGGAUGAAGAAAAACAAAGAAGAAAGAAGCCCAUUUCUCUUGCUACUGUGGAGAAUGGUGUGGAGAACCUGGGAAUGGAGUUCCUGGAGGAAGGCCAGGACAUUGGUGGACCGGUAUGGGAUGAAGAGAGGGGGACUGGUUUGGAUGCUGGGGCCAGGCCCUCCCCAUUCUGGAGGAGAUUGCAGCUGGCUUCUUCAAAAGCGAGAAUGUUUUGCAGAGACCAUGCUGAAUUGUUUCGAUGGAUCUUCUUGGGCCUGUUGUGUACAGCUUAUGCUGCCUUUGUGCUGACAGCCUGUCUCCUGGAUUUCCAAAGAGCUCUGGCUUUGUUCAUCAUCACAUGUGUAGUUCUUUUCUUUCUGGCCCACAGCCUGUUCAAAAAACUUUUGGGAAAGAAAGUGUUAAGAUAUCUGAAGCACCUAAAUAAUCCUACCUUGAAUAUCUGGCUAAAACGGUGUCUAGGGGCAGCUGCUUUGGUGGGCCUGGUAUUGUGGCUGGCUCUGGACACCUCCCAACGGCCGGAGCAGCUGGUGUCCUUUGCAGGCAUUUGCAUGUUCGUUAUUUUCCUCUUUGCCUUCUCUAAACAUCACUUCAAAGUGUCCUGGAGGGCUGUAUUAUGGGGCCUUGGUCUGCAGUUUGUUCUUGGCAUCUUUGUUAUCAGAACUGAACCUGGAUUUGUGGCAUUCCAGUGGCUGGGUGACCAGAUCAAGAUUUUCCUGGACUACACCGUAGCUGGCUCCAGCUUUGUCUUUGGGGAGACGCUGGUGAAGGACAUUUUUGCCUUUCAGGUGUUACCCAUUGUCGUCUUCUUCAGCUGUGUUAUGUCUGUUCUCUAUUAUAUGGGUCUCAUGCAGUGGCUGAUCCUGAAGAUCUCCUGGUUGAUGCAGGUCACCAUGGGAACCACGGCCCCAGAGACCCUGAGUGUGGCAGGAAACAUCUUUGUGAGCCAAACAGAAGCUCCUCUGCUGAUCCGGCCGUACCUCGCAGAUAUGACGCUCUCUGAAAUUCACGUUGUUAUAACAGGAGGCUAUGCCACCAUCGCGGGCAGCUUAUUGGGAGCCUAUAUCUCCUUUGGGAUUGACCCUGCUUCUUUGAUUGCUGCUUCUGUGAUGGCUGCCCCCUGUGCUCUGGCCCUGUCCAAACUCGUCUACCCAGAAGUGGAAGAAUCCAAGUUCAAGAGUAAAGAGGGGGUGAAGCUGUCCUAUGGGGAGGCUCAGAACCUUUUGGAAGCUGCCACUAGUGGAGCUUCCCUCUCUGUGGGGGUCGUUGCAAACAUUGCCACCAACCUGAUUGCCUUCUUGGCUGCGUCAGCCUUCAUUAAUGCUGCUCUUUCCUGGCUGGGGGAGAUGGUGGACAUCCAAGAACUCAGUUUCCAGCUCAUCUGCUCUUACGUUUUGCGUCCCGUGGCGUUCAUGCUGGGAGUAGCCUGGGAAGAUUGUCCAAUAGUGGCUGAAAUGCUGGGCAUCAAGCUGUUUCUGAACGAAUUUGUGGCUUAUCAGGAGCUGUCCAAGUACAAGAACAGGCGACUAGAAGGAGUCGAAGAAUGGAUUGGAGACAAGAAACAGUGGAUUUCUCUCAGAGCAGAAGUUAUCACAACAUUUGCUCUCUGUGGAUUUGCCAAUUUCAACUCCAUUGGUAUCAUGCUGGGAGGUCUAACCUCAAUGGUUCCCCAUCGGAAGAGUGAGUUCUCCAAGAUUAUUCUGAGUGCUCUACUGACUGGUGCCUGUGUAUCCCUGGUCAAUGCCUGUGUGGCAGGAAUCCUUUAUGUGCCCAGAGGGGCAGAAGUCAACUGUUUCUCCUUCCUCAACACAAGUUUCACCAACAGCAGCUAUGACACCUAUAUGUGUUGUAAGCAGGUCUUCCAGAGCAUGGAACUCAUGGGUACCAGUUCCCCUGCCUUCGCUGGCUCCAGGAUGGAGUUUAGCCCAGAGAUGUUGAUCAAUUGCUGCAGACUUUACAACCAUCCUGCCUGUGUAUAG